AUGUCGGAGUUCUGGCUAAUUUCUGCCCCAGGAGACAAAACAAAUCUGCAGGCAUGGGAGAGAAUGAACACUGUGACAUCUAAAUCCAACCUGUCCAGCAACAGUAAAUUCCAUAUUCCAGACUUAAAGGUGGGGACACUGGAUGCUCUUGUUGGUCUGUCAGAUGAGUUGGGAAAACUUGAUACCUUUGCUGAAAGUGUAAUAAAGAAAAUAGCCCAGUACAUAGGAGAAGUUAUGGAGGACUCAAAAGACAAAGUCCAGGAAAAUCUUCUGGCCAAUGGAGGGCUAAAGGAUAAAAUGAAAUGUCUCCAAAUUGACCUCAUUAGCUACCUGACACGGUUUGAGUGGGACAUGGCCAAAUACCCCAUAAAGCAGCCGCUGAAGAAUAUAUCAGAAGCAUUAGCAAAGCAAGUGACUCAAAUAGAAGCAGACCUGAAGACCCGAUCGGCUGCGUACAACAACAUUAAAGGAAAUUUGCAAAACCUGGAGAAGAAAACAAUGGGAAAUCUGCUGACCCGGACCCUGGCAGACAUUGUGCACAAAGAAGACUUUGUUCUCAAUUCUGAGUAUCUUAUCACGCUGCUCGUCGUGGUGCCAAAGUCAAGCUACGUACAGUGGCAGAAGACCUAUGAAUCACUCUCAGAUAUGGUAGUACCUCGCUCCACCAAAAUGAUUGCUGAGGAUGCAGAGGGAGGACUCUUCACUGUGACCCUAUUUAGAAAAGUGAUGGAUGACUUUAAGGCUAAAGCCAGGGAGAACAGGUUCAUGGUUCGAGAAUUUUAUUAUGAUGAAAAGGAACUGAAAUGUGAAAAGGAAGAGCUGAUGAAAUUAGCUUCUGACAAGAAGCAACAAUAUGGCCCCUUACUGCGCUGGCUGAAGGUGAACUUCAGUGAAGCAUUUGUGGCUUGGAUUCAUGUGAAAGCCUUGAGAGUUUUUGUUGAAUCUGUCCUGAGGUACGGCCUCCCUGUGAAUUUCCAAGCAAUGCUGCUGCAGCCAAACAGGAAGUCUGUGAAGCGCCUGAGAGACGUCCUGAACGUGGUCUUCAAACACCUGGAUGAAGUUGCAGCAGCAAGUAUAAUGGAUCCUGGCAUGGACAUCCCUGGGUUACAACUAAGCAAUCAAGAAUACUAUCCUUAUGUCUAUUUCAAGAUUGACCUCAGUCUUCUUGACUGCAGUUAAAGAAGAAUUGCUCAAGCUUCAUCUAUUAAGUUUCAAGACUGUCAUGUUACUGUAAAAUAAUCUUUAGCUCCUGAAAGUCAAAUUAAAAUGCAAAUACUGUAGCAGGAUGAUCUUCCUACCACUUCUAGUAAUUUUUACAGUGACUACAGUAAAAGUUAUCUCUUAUUCAUAGUUUUACAAAAACAUAUUUCAGAGGCAGAGGUACUAUGGUAGUAUUUAUUUUUUUGGUAAAUUACAAAGAUGGAAUAUCUACUGGACUUGAAUAAAACAAAUUAAAAAGUAUGGUGGCU